AUGGAAUUUGAUAAGAUAAAGAAACUUCAGGGAGAAAGAAAAUGGAUGCAGUUUUGUUGCAUGAUAAUUGAUUCCAUGAACACUCACCCCAUAGAUAAGCUUCUAGAUGUUUUUCUGGAGAGUGCUGGCCAGAUACAUCCUAGGUCAUCCUACGAGGUCUUUCUAGCAUUUUCAGAGAGGUUGGCUCCUGAAGAAGGGAUAAGGGUUUUAGCAAUUGGGGAGGAUAUAAUAGGGGGUUCAGUCUUAUACUCUGAGCUCUUUGAGGUGGAGAAGAUGAUUUUAGAGAUAAAGAAAUGCCUGCUUCUAAUUGAGAUAAAUGAACUUAAAGGAAUUGAGAAGAGGCUAUUUGAAUGGAAAAACCUUAAGAUGCCAAGGAAUGUGAGAAUUAUGUACAAUCUUCUGGGAUUCAAGUUCUAUCAAAAAAUUCAGAAUGUUGAGGCCGCCUUUUCCCAUCUUUUAAAGUAUGUAAAUUUAUCGGAAACAGAGGAGCUGAUGGAUACCCUUGUAGAGUAUGCUUUACUGAGCAAAGAAUUCUUCAAUUUUACUUUGAUAGCAUCAUUACCUGGGUUUGACAAGAUGAAAAACAAGAAUUUGAAGGAAAUCUUCAUGAUGUUUAGAGAGGGAAAUGUGAAAGGGUUGGAAGAAAAGCAUAACAAACUUAACGAAAUUUUUGGAAGCAGUGCUGAUAUAAUCAAGGAAAAGGCAUACAUGAUAGCUUUAAUAAAUAUCUGCUUUUCUGAGGUCGGAAAGAAGGUAUCAAUUAAGAAAAUUGAGGAGCUACUAAAGAUACCCAGCAAAAUGGUUAUCUAUAUAGUUUUGAAGUCCUUUGGUCUAGGACUAAUCAAUGGAUGGAUUGACGGGGAGGAAGGAAUUCUUUACUUUGACAGCCUUAUUCCAAGAGCGCUACAGAAAGAAGAAGUUGUGAAACUUAAAGAGAAAUAUGACAUCUGGGAAAAGAAAGUGCAAGAAGUCAUUGUUAUGCUAAAUAACUAA